UCGCGAAUUUUUAUCAAAGAAGUCGUGUUUUUUUUUUAUCAAUUUCAACUUUCAAGCUUCAUUGUUUCAGUUUGAACUUGGAAAAGUUUGUGAUUCUCAUUUUGCUUAGAGGUGUUGGUAUUAUUAAGAAAUUUCAUUCUAUUUCAUAUUUGAAUCUAUUAAAUAAAUUUGGCUGUGCAAAAUGAGUGAAAAUGACAUAAGACUAUGCUCCAACUGCAAACAUGAUGUUCCAGUUGGUAAUUUCGAGAUGCAUGUAAUUUAUUGUAAACGUAAUAUUCAACUUUGUCCGGUUUGCGACGAAGGUGUGCUACGUUCUGAAUUUGAAAAUCACAAUAAAGAGUUGCACUCGGUAAUGACUUGCCCAGAAUGCAAUAUUAAAUUUCAAAGUUCCGAGCUGGAUAGUCACAAGAAAAACGUUUGUAAGAAGCGUAUUAUAGCAUGUCAAUAUUGCAAUCUAGAGCUGAACGCUGAUGCUAUCGACGAGCACGAAGACUAUUGUGGAUCAAGAACAGAAUGUUGUAACGAAUGCGGAAGACAUAUCAUGUUGAAAUUCCAACACCUGCAUUUAGAUUCUAACCAUAAGUUUAUCAAACUGAACGAUGAUAGUCCUACUGAUUCAGAUGAUGAAGAUUUGGUUAUGAGAACCGAACAAAGACAUGCUGUAUCACCGAAAAGAACUACUGUACAGAAGCAUCUACGUUAUCCUGUUGAUAGUUCUCCGCCUGCGAACAAAUCAUCUUCAUCGAAAUCGAAACAUAAUGGCCUCAAACAAAGGAAAUCUCAUCACGAAGACUUUUCAGAGUUGAGUGAGUAUUUUAAAAAUAUGGAUCUGGAGAACGGACGCAUAACUAAUGCGACUACAUCGGCAAUAAAUGAAAUUUUGGAUAGAGAUCGAGCAUCCAGUCAGGAAAACCACUAUCCAUGGUUGGAAGACGAAACUCUCAUUCCGUGUGAAUUCUGCAAAGUUCCAAUUUUCGCUGAUAAUCUUGUUUUACAUCAGACUGGCUGUCGUCCUGAUUUAUCCUCGAUUCAGCCAUCUCAGUCGACUGGUGAGAAUCCUUAUCAAUCGUAUGUGCGGAAUCUUCGACGCGAAGGAGUUAGAGAAAUAAACACUGAUUCUGACGAUGAUGUACAGUACAUAUCUCAAGUAUUAGGAUCUGAUGAAACCAUUAUACCUUGCGAGUUUUGCUUACAACAUUUUUCGUUGGAUGAUAUUUCUAGUCAUCAGUACCUUUGUCGUAGAAAUACUUCUGCUCUUCAGUGAUUGAUAUGAUUCCUAAAUAGCUCACGACGAAUAUACAUAUAUCAGGAAGAAUUUUUACCUUUCUUACAUUUUUCAUGUUCGUAUCAUUAUUACUCGUAUUCGUAGAUUCAAUGUUCAUAAGAUUUCAAAUUUUUAAUUGAUGUGUUUGAAAUUAUCUUUGAAAAUAAACUUGUGUAGAACUUUUCA